AUGCUGUUGCACGGGGCCCAAUCGCCCUCCCACGCCCUGGAUGCCCACGCCCUGGAGGCGGAUCAGCACCAACAUCAACAGACGAGGCAGUUGAGGCGCAAGAGGAAGGCCGAGUCUCAGGACAAUGAGCGGUUGUCCAAGAGACUCAGUCUGUUGAAUUUGGAGAAGAAUGGCCAGAAGCUCUACGUUCCCGUGGAGAAUCCCAUCGCCUCCGCAUCAAAUGCAUCCCCAGACGUCAUUCCGUCAGCAACACCGUCAAGCACACCGCAUAGUGGUCGCCGCCGCCGUGACCGCAAACCCCCUGCAGAUGAUGAGGUGAUGCAGCUUGACGACUCAAAGUACAAGGUCUACAUCUACGAUAUUGACGACGAGCUGUCUUCGUCUGAGAGCGAACCCGAAGAGGGCAAACUGGUCUUCCUGCCGGAUAUUGAGAAGCACCUGCGCGCCACUCGCAUUCCCCCUCAUAUCCUCGCCAACGACGAAGGCCAACUCGCUGGCAUGCAGAUGGUCCUCUACAACGAGCCCACGUCGUUGACCAUCCCCCAAGAGCAAGACAGCGUCCGCAAGGCCAUCGUCGAGUCUCGUGCCCGCAUGCGUGAGAGACAGCGUCUCGAACGUGAGGGCAAAGGCGAACCGGUGCAGAUGCCCCCACCGUUUAUUCCCCAACAACACAUUCCUCCCCCGCCCGCCGAAUUCGUAUCCGCCCCUCAGGCUUCGGCACCUGUAGAAUACGACCCCGAUGCCAUGGACAUGGACUAG